AUGCCCCGGGCGGACGAGCGGAUCGGGCGUGCGAGGGCGGCAGGCAUGGGAGCCCCUGCCCACGGCACGCCCGCCAGGAAGCCGUGCGCGGCGGGAAGCCCCCCGCGGGGCUGCUCCCCGCGGCCAGGGGGACGGGAGAAAAAAGCGGGGGGGGAGGAGGGCCUCGAGGGGGGCAAGGGGGCAGCCCUGGGCGCGACGCGAGCCGGGAGGCAGAGACGCCACGAGCGCAGGCGGUCGCAGGCCCGCCCACGGGGCGGCGCGGGGAGCGCCCGGCGCGCACCGCCGGAGGCUUCUGUGCCGGCACCUCGUCUUCGCGGCUGCUCGCGGCAGCAGGUCGGCCCGGGGCUGUCGGGGACUGCGGCUGCAGCGUCUUGA